AUGGGGAGCUUCAACGAGCGGGACCAGCCUCGCGCGCCCGCCGUACCCUCCGCGCCUUCCUCCAUGCUGCUCCCCUCCGCGCCCUCCCCCACUUCCGUCAACGCAAUUGGCCGAUCGCGCUCCCUCACAAACUCCUCUUCCGCCUCCCUCGUCGUUGCCUCUGUUCUCUCCGCAUCCCGCUCCCCCCUCCCCUCUUUCCCGCGCCAAUCCUCCACUUCCUCCACGUCCCCCUGCCGCGCCUUGCGCCCGUCGCCCCCCGCCGCGCGCGGAAGCGGCGCCGGGCGGGGGGAAGACCCUUCCGCGGAGGUCUCCCGCGAGUUCCCCAACGGCGACUCGUACCGCGGGCAGUGGGGGGCGGCGUGGGACGUGCCGCACGGCGCGGGGUGCUACGUGUGGGCGGACGGGAGCGUGUACGAGGGGGAGUGGGCGCGCGGGGAGAAGCACGGGCAGGGGCUGUUCGUGUGGCCGUCGGGCGCGCGCUACAAGGGCGAGUGGGCGCGCGGGCAGAUGCAGGGCGUGGGGAGCUACUGGGGCGCGGACGGGUCGUUUUACACGGGGAACUGGGCGGGGGGAGUCAAGCACGGGCUAGGGCGCAAGCUCUACCCUAACGGGGACCGCUACGAGGGCUUCUGGUCGUUCGGCGCGGCGCACGGGCCGGGGCGGUACGUGUGGGCGAACGGGAACGAGUAUUUCGGCGAGUGGGAGGGGGGGACGAUGAGCGGGUGCGGCACUUUCACGUGGGCGAGCGGCGAGCGGUACGAGGGCGAAUGGGAGGAGGGCGUGGAGCACGGCGUGGGCGUGUUCGCGUGGCGCGACGGUAGCCGUUAUGAGGGUACGUGGAGCCGCGGGCUUAAGGACGGUAAGGGCGUGUUCUACCCCGCUGGGUGCGCGCGUGGCGCAGGGGACGCUGGGGAGAGGGGGGAAAGGGAGGCGGGGACGGGGGAGGAGAGGGAUGGGGAUGAGGGGGAGGAGGAAGAGGGGGAGGAGGCGGAGGAGGAGGAGGAGGAGGAGGAGGAGGAGGAGGAGGGGGAUGUUGAUGGGGACGGGGAGGGAGCGGAGGAGGAAGAGGAUGAGGAGGAGGGAUGGGGAUUGGAAGGCGAGGAGAAAGGGGAGGAGAUGGGGGGAGAGGCAGGGCAAGGGGGUGCAGUGGGAAACAGUGCUGCUGCAGUUGCAAUUAUUAACGGGUGCAGUCCUGAUGACGUUGAUGGUGCUCUGGCGGCCGUUGCAGCACCAACGGCAGCGGCAGCGGCGUCAGGGGCGAGUGUGGUGGGUGCAAGUGCGGGGGAAAGGGCUGCUGCGGGGCAGGCAGCACCUGGCGCCAUGCUGCUGUCCAAGCAGGCUCCAGACCUAAGCUCAGGCUCGUUCAACGCUGGCUCGGCGAGCUCAGGCUCGGGGAGGCUGGCUCGGAGGGGCGGUGCAGCAGCAGCAACAGGGGGAGGGGGAGGUACAGGGGGGGUGAAGGGCGUGCAGAGGAUGUUACAGAAGCGGCUUACAGCGGGGACGAGGGCGCUGGAGGUGGCAUUGGGGCCGACGGGGAGUGUGUACCUGGCGGCUGACGCUGUUCCCGCCAUGCCCCGCCCUGACUCCUCCUCGCUUGGCCGCGGAGAGGGCAGGCCAAGCGCGCGGGAGGGGGAAGGUGGUGUGGAGAAAGGGGCAGAGAGGAGGGAGGGGGGUGUGGAGGGAAGGGAGGGAGUUGGGGUGAGGGAGGAGAGGGAGAGGGAGGGAAGGGAGGAAAGGGUGGUGAUUGCGAUGGGGGGAAGGGCAAGAGGGGAAGGCAGGGGCGAGAAGGUUGAGGGAGAAGGGAGUAAGGGCGGCGGGCAGGCCAGCACGGGCAGGGCAGUGAUUGACGCGGACACGUGGCGGCCGCUCAUUGGCAGCGGUGCGGAGAGCAGCCAAUGGGAAGGAAGCAGCGGUGAAGCGGCAGUGGUGGGUGGGAGAGAGGCAGCGGGAAGUGGUGCAGAGAGGGAAUUGGAAAUGGGCAUGCUAAGCGGGGCGAGGGGGGUGAGGGAGAAGGCGGAUGGAGAGCCAUGGGAGAACGGGGCAGAGGGGGGAUAUGACAGAUUUCCCCCCCACCCUCUCACCUGCGCCACCAUGCCCUCCCCCCGUGCCAAGCCUGGCGGGCGCCCCCCUCCUGUCCCCGCGCGCUCGCCCCUGCCACCUGGCCGCCCCCCCCCGCCCCUUCCCCGCUCGCCCCUGGCGGCUGGGCGGGGUCUGUGCCAUGCGCGCCAGCCCAGUGACGACUUUUUUAUUGGCCUGUCGUCGGCCAAUAGCAGCAGCACACGUGGCAGCCUUGGCAGCAGGAAAGGGGGGCGCAAGUGCUUGUCGGGGCCGCUGCAGGCGCGGGCAGGCCAGGCGAGGGAAAGGGGGGAGGCGGGGGAGGGGGGCGAGAUGCAAGGGGAGGAGGUAGUGGGGAUGCAUGGGAGUAGGGGCCGGCGGCACAGUGGGAGAGUAGGAGAAAUAGGAGGCACUCAGGUGGAAGAGGAAGAGGACGAAGAGAAGGGUGUUGGCAGAAGCGCUGCUGUCUCGCGGCCAAUGACAGCGAGCCACGUGUCGGAGGUGGAUAUGGAGGGGCGGCAGGACAACUGGAAGGUGUGGAGGGAGGAACCCCCUGUGCGCUGGCGCCCCCACCUGGCCCUCCGCGCCCCCCUUGCUGCUCCCUCCCCCUCCCCUUCCCCCGCUGCCCCCACCUCCACCCCAGGCCCUGCUGCUGCUGCCAACGUGGGACCUGCCGCAUUCAACUCAGCAGGUGCUGCUGCCAGCUCAGCAGCCGUAGCUGCCAGCUCAACAGCGAGUGGGGCGUCAGCAGUGGCGACGGGGGCAGGUGGGGCGGAGGGGGUAAGGUCACCGCGGGCUAUCACGCGCGCUCUGACCAUGGGCCCUGUGCCGGGGCGAGGCCAGCAGUAUGCUGAGGGGGAGGCGCGCAGUGGAAGGGAUUGUGGGGCGCAGGAGGCAAGGGAGGAGGGCGGAGAGCAGGAGGUGACGAGUGGGGAGCAGUCAGGAGAGGCAGCGGUGCUGCGAUCAAACGGGGGAGGCGAGGGCGGCGCGUGUGAGGUGCAUGGCGAUGGCUCAGAGCAGAUGCGUGCCCCUCCACACUCGCCACGCUCACACAUGCACCACCAUGCGCCAAGGGGCGCGGAUGGGGGAGUGCAAGAAGGAGGACCCGGGGGAGGGGGAGGGGGAGGGGGAGGGGGAGGGGGAGGGAGAGGGGGAGGGGGAGGGGGAGGGGGAGGGGGAGGGGGAGGGCAUGGGGAAGGGGGAGUGCAAGGGCACGGGCGCGCGGAGGGGAGGAGGCGGGGGCGGGGGCGGGGGAGGGGGUACAGCAUGGGGCAGGUGGCAGCAGUAGAGGCGGUGGAGGAUGCAGUGAUGGUGAGGGAGUACGUGCACGGCGUGCUCGUUGCACAGCAGCCCCUCUCCUCCCACUCCCACCCCCCGCGGUGGCACGUGCCGAGGGGCAGGGAGGGCAAGAGGGCGGGCGAGCUGAUCUACAAGGGCCACCGCAGCUACCUGCUCAUGCGCACGCUGCAGCUCGGCCUCCGGUACAGUGUGGGGAGGAUCACGCCAGACGCGCAGAGGGACGUGGGCCCGGCGGACUUCUCCCACUGCCCGGCUGUGCGCUUCCCCCCGGCCGGCUCACCCACCACACCGCCGCACUCCAUGCACGCCUUCAAGUGGCGCGACUACUGCCCCGCCGCCUUCAGGGCACUGCGCGCCAUGUUUGGCAUAGACCCGGGAGACUAUAUGGUGUCGCUGUGCGGGGAUGACGCGCUGAGGGAGCUGAGCAGCCCGGGCAAGUCGGGCAGCGUCUUCUUCCUCUCGCAUGACGACCGCUUCCUCAUCAAAACCAUGCGCAGCUCCGAGCUGCAGGUGCUGCUGCGCAUGCUCCCCGCCUACUACCGCCACGUGAAGCACAACGCACACACGCUGCUCACCAAGUUCUUCGGCCUGCACGCCAUCAAGAUCUACCACACCGCCUCCUCGCGCACCACCUCCCGCCUCGCCGCCAAGGCGGGCGGGCGCGAGUCAGUCAUCCGCUUCGUGGUGAUGGCCAACCUGCUGGUGUCGCCGCUGCGCGUGCACCGGCGGUUCGACCUCAAGGGGUCGUCGCAGGGGCGCAGCACGGGCAAGGUGGCCGUGGAUGACACCACCACGCUCAAGGACCUUGAUCUCGACCUUGCGUUUCUGCUCCACCCGCCCUGGCGUCCCCUGCUGCUGCAGCAGAUAGCAGCAGACUGUGCGUUCCUGGAGCAGCAGCACAUAAUGGAUUACAGCCUGCUGCUGGGGGUGCACUUCAAGGCCACAGGACCCCCGCCCGCCCCCAUCGUCACCAUCACCGAUGCACACCUUGACGGCCCAAGCCCCGUCUCUGUCCAACCCGCCGCAGCACCGCAUGGGAGCAGUGCCACUGCUGUCAGCACCAUGUCUGCAGAGAGGGAGCAAGGGCUCGUGAGCCAAGCAGGUGCAGCGGGCGGGCAGAGUGAGGUGCGGGAUGGGGGAGGCGGGGAGGACACGCAGCAGCCCCAGCAGGGCCAACAGGCGGCAUGUGAGAGUGACGCGGCUGCAGCCUCACGAAGGCUGAAUGUUCCCCCGCCCCUGCACCAGCUGAGGAGGCGUCUAUUCCGCCCAUGGCAGCGCAUUCUCACGGACUCUCCCUCUCCUCUGCAGAGAUCUCUGGGGGACCCUGGCCGAGGAGGCACAUCAUCCUCUCACACCUCCCCUUCUCACGCCUCCCCCUCUCACACCUCCCCUUCUCACGCCUCCCCCUCUCACGCCUCCUCUUCUCACACCUCCCCCUCCCACACAUCACCAUCCCAUGCCGGUGCCACGGCUGCUACUACUGCCACCACUGCCUCUCCAGCCGCUGCUGCCACCACCCGUGCCGCCACAGUGCGGCACUUCUUCCCGCGCUCGCUCACGGCAGGCAGCGGCGGCAGCAGCCCACUGCACCUGCUGGCGCCCUCCUUCCCCCACUCGCACUCCCUCACCACCGACGAGAGCAGCGUGGACGAGGGUAGUGCGGAGGGGAGUAGCAGCUGUGGCGUGGUGGAGGGGGACGGGAGGGCAUGCAGUGACGAGGAGGCGUUGGGCCCAGCUGAUGAUCGCGCUGGUGAUGGUGCUGCUGCUAGUGGCCAGGAUGGGUGCACAAGGGCGGCAACUGGGACAGACGGCAAGACUGCAGGUGCAGCAGGGGCGGUGGUGGGGCAGGCUUCACCAGGGGAGAAAACAGCCGGACGUGGAGGAGGAGCAGUGGCAGCAGCAGCAGGACGGGGAGGAGGGGGAGGGGGGGGGAAGGGGAGGGGGGUGGUGGGGCAGCUGUUGGGGCAGGGCAUGGGGGGCACGGCAGUGAGGGUGGACAGGCGCACUCGCAGGGCCGUGCAGGACCCGCUGCUGGGGGAGGCGUAUGAGGUGCUGCUGCACUUCGGUAUCAUCGACAUCCUGCAGGAGUAUGACGUGGGCAAGCGUGUGGAGCACGUGGUGAAGAGUCUGCAGUACGACGGGCACUCCAUCUCUGCAGUCAACCCCUCGCUCUACGCUCGCCGCUUCCGCUCCUUCAUCCUCUCCACCUUCCCCGACCCCCUCCACCCCCACGCCUCCCAUCCCGAUGCUCCCGAUGCUGAUGCUGCUCACGGCAACUGCACUGCUGAUGGUGGUGCUGGUGAUGGGGAUGAUGGUGAUGCUGAUGAUGGUGAUGGUGGUAACGGUAAUGGCAGUGAUGGUGAUGGUGGUGAUGAUGGUGAUGGCUAUGGUGAUUUUCUUCUUGCCUCUCCCGCGGGAGGUGUUCGGGCGACGUGCAGCAUUUUCCAGCUGUCUCACUUCUAG